AUGGACGAUUUAGAUACCAUAGCGGCUCAGCUAGGUGAAGAUCUUAUUAACAAAAUACUCGCCAAUGAAUCGAUAGACGAAAUUUCGACCGCCUUGCAAUUGGGUGCACCCAUCUGGUAUCAAAAUGCUGCUGAAGGCAUCUCACCACUCCAUGCUGCCGCAUAUGCUCGGAAUCACGACCUUGUCAAAUUGCUCAUUAAUGAAGGAGCUGUUUGGAAUGCUGUGGAUUAUCUCAAGAAUACUGCAGGAGACAUCGCUUUAUCUUUCAACGAUGAGACCAUAUAUAAAGAAAUACGGGACGCGGGCAUUCGCUCAGAACUUCUCCUAGGGUUACUCGAGAAAAAAUCAUCUUCCGAUUCAUUCAGACUAAUCCUGUGCGCCGAGGAUACCACAGCGAGCGGCUCUUCCGAUGCUUUCCUGAAUUCGAGGCUUAAGUACACUGUUGACGAGAAUGGCCAAGAUAUUUGCGUUCUUAAUGUGGAAGGACAGGACAUUGGAGUCAUGAUGGGCUGGGAGAGAAACAUCAUGAAUGAAACCGUCCACAGGCUUUGCGAUCAACAUCCUAAUGCUACCAAUCUUAAGAUUUUGAACAUUGGGUUUGGACUGGGUAUUGUUGACAAUUUUUUCCAAAGUCUCCCGCACCCACCAGCAGAGCAUUUUAUUAUAGAAGCUCACCCAGACGUCCUCAACUUUAUGCGCGAAAGGGGCUGGUAUGAUCGCAAGGGCGUCAGAAUUUUAGAGGGUCGCUGGCAAGAUUUCGUCGAAAGUCCAGAACUCUUGAACUCAGGCGGAUUCGAUGUUAUAUAUACAGACACAUUCUCGGAAGAUUACAACGCUCUUCGACAAUUUUUUGAGCACCUGCCAGAUUUAUUGGCAGAUGGUGAAUCGAGCUUUAGCUUCUUUAACGGUCUUGGGGCAACCAAUGCGUUCUUCUAUGACAUAUACACCCGUAUUUCAGAGCUCCACCUUGCGGACGUUGGCUUGGAUGUUAAUUGGUCUGACGUCGACGUUGGUUUUGAUGAUAGGGAAGGAAGAUGGGGUGAAACUCGUGAAUACUUUUCCUUGCCCAUAUACAGGCUUCCAGUCGGCAAAAUGAAGUCUAUGUAG